GGAAGGUGGUGUUGAAAGUUUCCACUAUAUGGGCAGAACCGAGCCAGUAGAUUGAUUUCCAUCUAUGAAUAUUUUCGUUCUCUAAUUUAUCGUAGAACAAUUAAUCAACAAAAGAUUUAUAUCGAUAAAAAUCACUGCUUCAAGUACCUACUUUGUCAUUAUAAGCAAUUCAAAACGCGAAUAACAGAGCAGUUUUCUGAGCAUUGCGGAAAUACUAACAAUGAAGAUCCUUGUGGGAUUUAGUCUCCUAAUUUGUGUUGUUAUUUGCUAUCCAAAUACAAAAGUAAAGUCAGAACCAGAUAAAUACCCCCUGCCUUAUAUCCUUAACGAGAAAUUACCAGGAGUGUUCGUUAAGGAAGACCUCACGAAACCUGUCGAUAAAGUUAAAGUUGCAGAUUCAGAUGUAAAAAUAUACAUAUUCACUCAGAAGAACAACAAUAGUGGGUUAGAAAUAGAGGUUGCUAAUGCUUCAGUUGCAAAGACUCCCUUCGAUCCCAAAAAGCCUACUUGUUUCGUAAUCCACGGUUGGAACAACGACCGCACUUCCACACUGAACCAUCUAGUAAAAGAUGCCAUCUUGGAGUCUAAAGACGUCAACGUUUUCAUCGUUGAUUGGUCCAAGUACGCAGACAAGAACUAUCUCAGCGCUCACAAUGCAGUGCCUGGAGUUGCUAAGAUCGUGGCCAAGUUUGUUCAGCUGUUAGAGAAGUCCAAGCAUCUCACCACGGAUAGGACGUUUCUCGUUGGGCAUUCUCUUGGAGCUCACGUUAGUGGAUUGGUUGGAGCUGCACUGAAUAGUCAAUUAGAUUAUAUCAUUGGUUUAGACCCUGCUUGGCCAUUGUUUUCAUCAUCGGACACUGAGAGUCGGCUGGACUAUACUGAUGCCAAAUACGUUCAAGUAAUUCACACUUGUGCAGGCCGACUCGGUUUCCCGAUUUCGAUUGGACACUCUGACUACUAUCCAAAUGGAGGUGCUGUCCAAGAAGGUUGUGGAGUACAAGAUGUCACUGGAAGUUGUUCUCACGGUAGAUCCUACGAAUAUUUAGCAGAAUCAAUCAGAGGAUACAAGUACGCAGCUACUAGGUGCUCUAACUACGAAGCCUACAAACGAGGUGAAUGCAAGAACCAGCGUGCGUCAUGGAUGGGUGGCUAUAACAUAGAUAAAAAGUGAGUUUGUUAGAAAAGCAAUAGGUUGAAUAACAUGUAUUUUGUGUUUAUUUUGAGACAGAAUAAGCUUCUAGCUAUUUUGCAUAAGAAGGUAUGUCAAGCUUUUCAUUGUCUGAAAUACGCUUAAGUUGUAUAAGACUUCGUAUCAAACCUACAUGGAUGCACUCGUGGUUCUACUGUUUAGUUAUACAGCUUUACUCUGUAAAUAACUGAAUGGUUUAGGGACAAUUUCAUUGAAUAACCCAAUUUUACAAAUAAAAAAUAUCUGCUAUCUACAGUAAUACGACUUUUGUAUUUUCAGAGCUGUUGGAGAUUACUUCUUGGAUACUAACGGUUCACCGCCAUAUGCAAAAUCUUGAAAGAAUCAGAUAAUAAUUGUACUAGGUCGAAUGUCGACUAUUAUUAUUAUCAAAAGAUAUUUAUUUUUGUACUUGUAAUUAGCUGUAAAAAAUAAAUCGUUACCGGCUUGA